CAGCUUAGCGCCGUUUGCUUCGCGACGAAGAUUUAGGUCACUGACAGCUGACUAUAAACGGAGCGCUUACUUUCUGUCUUCGUUCAUAGAGGACUCGUGUAUUGUAUGGGUGUUAUCCACCUGUAAUGUGUAUGACUGGGGAGAUUUGAUCGCCCGCUGGAUUACAGCAGCGCUGUCCUGAAGCUGGACACAUUCCUGCGCGGACCCUGAUCCCCUCGCGCGUCUGGAGCGCGCGCCUCGGAGCUGGGAUGUCACUCCAGGUCUGCUCCGACGAGAGGUGAGAUCCGCGCGAUGCUCGCGGAGCGCUGAUUCAGGAGAUGGGCGAGUACGAGUACGAGGACCGUCUGCGGGGGCUCGAGGAGGAGUCCCGUCACUUCCCCCCUCCGCCGCGACACCCGGGCGGCCGCGAGCGAGUGCACAUCCAGAAGAGCAGCGUCUGCUCCAGGGCGUACUUCGUGGUGGUCAUGGCCUUCUUCCAUCUCUACAUAAUAAACAUCAUAGCGCUGCUGCUCUAUGUGCACUAUAACACGGGGUCUGGGGAGCAGGACGUGCCCCUGGAGAAGAGCGCCGGCGCCCCUCGAGCCACGCCUGCGGAGCACCAGACCCCGUCCCCGGCAAGCCUGAGCCCCGAGCUCUCCUUCCGUCUGCCGCGCCUCGAGGGCAUUCGGGUUGGACAUGUUCAAAGAGUCUCUCUGGUUCCUGACCGGACCCAUAACAUGCGCACGCUCAGCUUGAAGCCGCUGCUGUUUGAGAUCCCAGGGUUCCUGAGCGCGGAGGAGAGCAGCGUGGUGAUGCAGCUGGCCCAGCUCAAGGGUCUGACCCACAGCUCUCUCUUCACGGCCCCGGACACGGACGGCCAGGAGGAGCAGCUCACGCAAGACGAGCUCUUCAGCCUGCUCGACCUCAACCAGGACGGCCUUCUGCAGAGAGAGGAGAUAUUGAGUCUGUCCCAUUCAACUGAUGGGUCUUGGCUGAGCUCAUACAAUUUACGGAAAAUCCACACCGGGCUUGAGACCAACCCUUCUGGAGUUCUGUCCCUGCAGGAGUUCAAGCUCGUCAGCGGUGGAGUGCUGCAGUACAGCGCCGCCGGUCAGGGUUUAGAUGGACAUGCCGAGGUCAGGCAGAGAAGCACACACACUCGACUUUACCUCGGAGAGGGCACACACCACCUGCUGAAGAGCAUCAGAAACAGAGUGACACGUUUAACGCGACUGCCCUCCUCACUGGUCGAUCUCAGCGAGCCAAUGGAAGUGGUCCGUUACGAGCAGGGCGGCUACAGCCACGCCCACCACGACAGCAGCUCCACCAACCCUGACAGCAGCUGUGCCCACACGCAUCUGGCAGCAAACAACUCCGCCUCCAAGCAGGUCGCAUGCAGGUAUCUGACGCUCUUGCUGCAUCUGAACUCGGCGGACGGAGGUGGAGAGACCAGCUUCCCUGUGGCUGACAACAGGACGUACGAGGAGGAGGUCUUGGGUGAUCUCUCUCAGCAGUACUGUGAUAAAGGUAAUCUGAAGGUCAAACCUGUAUCUGGAACCGCUCUGCUAUGGUACAACCACCUCUCAGAUGGCAAUGGCUGGGUUGGAGAGCUGGAUGAAUUCUCUCUUCACGGCGACUGCUUAGUCACCCGGGGCUUCAAAUGGACAGGAAGUGUGUGGGUGAACAUCGACCCUGACCAGCAGCAGCAGGAGCGCUACCAGCGCCUGGUCUCAUGGCAUCCAGACGGCCAAAGCAACACGCCCGAGCAUGCAGACCUUCACCAAGACCUCUGAACCAGACGAUCAGACAGCUGAUCCACAAUCAGUUUACGCCAACGUGAAGCCUCGCUUAGGAAAGUAAAAGCUGGUGAAGUAAGAGAUCCCCGCUGCAGCAAGCUUUACCUUUAUAUAGCUGUCACCUCCUGCUCCGGUGACAUAUCAUUUAAUAUUGAUGAGUUCAGCAGGGAAAUUGCUCUUUCAGUGACGGCUAAAUGUUCACCGAUACAUAGUUGGCUGGUGUCGCACAACUUAUUUAUUCCCUAUUUAUGAGAAGUUUUAUUCAAAGCGCCAUAUUUAUUGAAGUUAUUAUUUAUUUGUCUUAUUGCUAUAUAUUUAAUUAUUUAUUAAUAUAUAUAUAUAUAUAUAUAUAUAUAUAUAUAUAUAUAAAGUGUGGUGUGUGUGUGUGUGUGUGUAUAUAUAUAUAUAUAUAUAGUCACAUAAUGUGUGUCUAUCUCAGGUUUGGUUACACACAGAUUGUCUUUUUCCAUUAUAAUGCACUAUUUCAAGCAAAUAAAUUCUCAGAUAUGUAAGUUAGGUUAAUUAAGAAAUAAAUUCAUACAUAAGAGUG